AAACGGAGGUAGCGGGUGAGGGCGGGACGGGGGCAGAGGGAGCGCCAGCCGAGGCGGGAAGCGGUGCGAUUGAGGAGGAGGCGGAUGUGGUAGGGGAGGUGGCGGCGAUGAUCGCUGAUGGCAACGAGAGGUUGGAGGUGUUGGGUGUGUGGGGCAACAGCGGGGAGGAGGUGUCGGGGGCGCUAGGCGGCAGCAGCAGCAGCAGCAGUACCGGAGGAAGCAGCAGCGGCAUUCUGCAGUUCACGACCCGUGGGUCAGUGCUGCACGGCAUCAACGCGGAGGAACUCAAUGCGAAGCUGCUGCGUCGCGCCAAUGCGAGUGGGCGGCUGCUUCUGGCGGGCGUUACGUCGCCGGGACACGUCAGUGCGGUAACCAACACCCAGUCGAGGGACAGGGUGGUGUCCCUGCUGCUCCCCCUGGCCAGCCGGCGUGAGGAGGCGCGGCAGCAGGCGGCGGCGCUGCUGGCGGCGGCGGACCCGCUGCUGCGCCGCGCCUACGCGCACGUGCACAACUGCAAGUGCGAUGUGGCGGGGGCGGUGCAGGCGCUGGUGCGGGGAUGAUGGUGAGGAAGCAUGGAAGCGCUCGUAUGUACUGCGGCUCGGGUGGAUGGGGUUUCCCCGCUAGCAUGCGGGGUUAUUGGGGGUUAUGAAGGUGGUGUAACAGGGGUGUGAUGGAUCGUCCUUCGGGGCAAUGGAGGCGUCGCUCGGGGGACGGGUUGUACGAGUAAAGUUGGCUUACGUGGAACUGCUGCUGGGUCGCCAUGCAUGGCGGGUCGUGGUUGUGGCCUGGUGUGGUUGCCUACCGGUACCUCCGGAGUCACCAACUAGGGUUGUUACUUGUUAGGAGAGACGUUACGUUGGCAAGCUGGUGGCGGCGUGUGUUCGCGCCGGUGUGCUUUCCCGGAGGCGUUUGAGCUCUAUCUGCAGCACCUGCCCCAUCCGUUCGCUCCCACGUCCUAGCGUACCGUGGCCAUAGUGCUGAGAGGGGAGGAGCUCGUUUUGCUUGGGGCAGAAAGCUGAAGCGCACGAGGCCCUGAGCUUGUCGCGAGGCUAUCGAAACUGUGAGGCUAACGAGGCCUUACGAGGCCUCGUGACGAAACAUCCAGCGGGGUUAGUAGUUAUAAGGAUGGCGGGGCAUGAGUGUUGCAGGAGUGUUCGCGCGGGUCGUUACCCAGCCAGUGGAUGGGCGAUGGGUGUUCGCGUGGUCCAACGAAUGGGUGGUCAACUUAGGCUACAGAACGGGCAAACCCUUCGCUGUCGAAACGAUAUCCAGUUAGCGAACAGUUAGCGAGCAGAGUGCUGGGAGGUG